AUGGCUUCCCCGGACCGCGGCGUCCGCCUCUCGUACCUGCGCCACUUUAUCAACAGCCAUGGCGGCGAAACCAGCUUUGCUGGCAAGACGACAGCUCAAGUCUGCUUUGAGUUUGUCGUGCCAUUGACCAAGCCAACCGAGCUCUCGCUCGUCGAUCACGUCGCCAACGACCCAACGACCGCUUCGUUCGUCGCGCCAGCCAAUUGGUAUGUCUCGCACGCCUGGAUGUACCUCUUCUUGGAGACCGUCGACAGCCUCGAGCGCUUCUUCGCCGACCGCGGUCUCACCGACGACGCGGUCAUUUGGUUUUGCGUCUUCAACAACAACCAACACCUCGCGAGCUCGUACCCGUUCGAGUACUGGUCGACAACGUUCAAGAACGGUCUCGCAGCCAUCGGCAACGUGGUCAUGAUCAUGCAUCCGUGGAACGACCCGAUCGUGCUUCGUCGAAGCUGGUGCGUCUUUGAGGUCUACGUGGCCGUGACCAUGGGCGCGCGCUUUGAGAUUGCACUUGCGCGAGAUCAAGAAGCCACGUUUCUCAACGACAUUGCUCGCCACGAUGCAUUCGGCAAGAUGUUGGCGACGAUCAAGAGCGAAGACUCGGAGGCGACCGUGCCAAGUGACCGCGACGGUAUUUUCGCCUUGAUUCGCGCCGAGACGUCGUUCAUCGCCGUCGACCGGCUCAUCUUUUCGACCUUGACGAACUGGAUCAAGACGGCGCUCGAGGCCUCGAUCGCAUCGACGCCAACGCCUGUCGCCAAGGCAGCCCGGUGGCUCCAACUCGGCAGCAUCUACCAAAACGAAGUCGACUUCGCCGAAGGCGAGCGCUGCUUUCGGCGCGCAGUCACCUUGUUUGCAGAGUACCGGGGUCCAUUCGACCAUGAUACGCUCCAGACGCAGGCGUUGCUGGCGUAUGCCAUCGCGUACCAGCGCAAGCCUCGACGCGAGUGGGAACCGUUGAGUCUUUCGACGAUCCGCGAUGCCUCCGAGCAUCUUGGGGCGACACACAACGUGACGCUUCAUGCGCGGUCGAGCUACGCGCUGGCGCUCAGCUGGAACGACGACGACGUCGCGGCCUUGGCGGUUCACAUGGACCUCUACGACAUUUGGCGCCACCAGUACGGCAUUCGCGACUGGCACACGGCAGGGACCAUGAACAAGAUUGGCCUGUGCCACUUCAAGCUCGGCGCUCCCCGUGUUGCGGCCCGCUGGCUGCAAAAGUCCUUGCCGGUGCUGGAAGCUCACUUUGGUGUCGACCACUCGGAGACGACACAGACAACAUCGUACCUCGCUGGCGCGUACACGUACUCGGGCCAGCAGCUCAAGGCCCUGCCGCUGCAGCAACGACUUGUCGAGACGAGCGAGCGCAUUCUGGGAGCCGACAACCCCGACACGAUCGUUCACAAGAUGAAUGUCGCGAUUCUUCAGAUCCUGGCCGGUCAUACCCGCGAUGCUGCGGCGCAGCUCCUUCCGCUCGAACGCUCGCUCGCAUCUCGCGCCAUGCAGUCCCAGCAGCUGUCCGACCAGCUUCGCGACGGUACUUGCGGGUCAAUUUAG